CCGCUGUACAUGAUAACAUGAAUGACAAAAUGAGCUAUCUAGCAAAAUGCUGGAGAUAAAGCUGGACAUGACAAAAUGGCGGCAUUUGCUUGGUUGUUUGAGAAGAGACCAUUGAAACGUCCCAGAUUAGGACCUCCCGAUGUUUAUCCGCAAGAUCCAAAACAAAAAGAGGAUGAACUUACGGCAGUUAAUGUUAAACAGGGAUUCACUAGCACACCACAUAUUGCAGAUGAGUAUGGAUCAGCUCGUAAUGCAAAUAUUACAGCUGCAAAAUUUGGAGCAUUUUUCAGUGCCAUUCUUACUAAGAAACAGGAACUCAAUACAUUCCAAGAUUCAGGACGUAAAAGACAACAAAUUAAUCCUAAAGAUAAUUUUUGGCCAGUCACUGCAAGAUCAAAAAAUGCCAUUGAAGCUUGGUUUAAAGAUUUAGCUGGAUCUAAACCACUUACAAGCUUAGCAAAAAAGGUUCCUAUUUCAAAUAAAAAAGAAGAAAUUUUUAUGACAUUAUAUGAAUUUUCUGUUCCAACAAUGAGAGCUGCUUGGUUUAUUAAAAUGUCUUCUGCUCAUACAGUAGCAAUUUCAGAAGCAAAAAUAAAGAAACGCCAACUUCCUGAUCCUUCUCAAGAGUGGACUCAAGCAUUGUGUAAAUUUUUACGGGAACAACUUCAAAAAUUAGCAGAACAUUAUCAUAGUAGCAUUGCUUUAGGUAGUGCAUCAAAUACUACAACUACAUCUAUGGGUUCUGGUAGUAAUAGCAAUGUUAUUGGUUCAAGUUCUACAGGAUCAAAUUCUCUGAAUGUAUCAGUAGAUGUUGCAUAUAAACAUUGGCAGUAUAUUUGUCAAUUAGCAAGACAUUUAUUUGAAGAGGGCUUACUUGAUAGACAGGAUUUUCUGUUAUGGAUAUUAGAACUUUUAGAGAAAACUAAAUGUCCAGAUGAUCCAAUUAUGAAAUUAAUUAUGCCAUUGGUACUUCAGUAUGUGGAUGAAUUUGUUCAUUCAGAGCUCUUAUCUCGUCGUUUAGCACAUCACUGUGCUAGAAAAUUAAAUCAAUUAAUAAGUGAAUAUCAUGCUAAUUCUUCAAGAUGUCAGAGUCCAUUAAUGAAUACAUCAAAUGGGUUUUCUAUGUCCCCUACCCCAACUCAAACAUCAUUUAAUCCAUUAACUGCAAGUAUUGCAGAAUUUCUUGGAUGCUCUCAUCAUCGAAGUAUUGUUUUAGGUCUUUCGGCAGUUAUUCAGAUCCGUGCUGAACUUAGACAAGCAGAACAACAAAUUCAGCAAAGAGGUAGAGCUGCUGAAGUUAGAUGGUCUUGUGAUAAAUGGCAGCAAACUGCUGCAGCCUAUUUUAGUUUUCUUCAUAACAUAUUUAAUAUCCGUGCUGAACUUAGACAAGCAGAACAACAAAUUCAGCAAAGAGGUAGAGCUGCUGAAGUUAGAUGGUCUUGUGAUAAAUGGCAGCAAACUGCUGCAGGUGCUACUAUUCAACGUGUUCUUAAUGCUCUAGAUACCUUGGAUCGCCAUUUUUUUAAUAAAGUAGAUGUGGGAAAUUCUUUAGACACAUUAUAUGCUAAAAUAUUUCCAGCAGUAAGUGAAAGAGAUCAGAAUCUAACUGGUGUAAAUACAGUUGCUGAAAUACUGAUUCAAGAUGAACCCAUUGUUCGUUUAUUAUGUGAAUGGGCAGUCACUACUAAACGAAGUGGAGAUCAUCGUGCCUUAGUUGUUGCCAAACUUUUGGAAAAAAGACAGAGUGAUUUAGCAUCAGAGCAGAAAUAUACAGAUACAGAACUAGCUGAUGAAAAAGAUUCUCAAGAUUCAACAGGUUUGGGACCAUUAGGAAUUCCAUUUUAUCAAAAUCUAUUAGUGUCUUUUUUGGACACACAAGCUCCUGUUAUUGAUGAGAAAUCUUCAAGUGGAAAUAGAACAGCUUUCUCUAAUCUUGUUCUGCUGUUUGCUGAAUUGAUUCGCCAUGAUGUUUUUUCUCAUGAUGCUUAUAUGUGUAAAUUGGUUUCAAGGGGUAGUUUUUCUAGUACAACAAAUCAACAAGUAGCAACAGUUCCAAAUAAUAUUCAAACUGUAAACAAGCCUCUCUUUAUGCAUGAACCAUCCCUUACAGGAUUUAUGCAUGAUCCUUCUCGUGGACUUUCUCCUGCUCCAGGUAGUGCUGGAUAUAUUGGAAUGACUAGUUUAAGUAUUGCUGGCUUGAAUGAUUCAAGUAGACCUCCAGAACCAUUGCCUAUGUUUGAACCUCCUGAUCAUCGACCUGAAUCAAUUAAACAUGAGAAUGCUGUUAUUGUUUUAGAUGAGAAAUCUUCAAGUGGAAAUAGAACAGCUUUCUCUAAUCUUGUUCUGCUGUUUGCUGAAUUGAUUCGCCAUGAUGUUUUUUCUCAUGAUGCUUAUAUGUGUAAAUUGGUUUCAAGGGGUAGUUUUUCUAGUACAACAAAUCAACAAGUAGCAACAGUUCCAAAUAAUAUUCAAACUGUAAACAAGCCUCUCUUUAUGCAUGAACCAUCCCUUACAGGAUUUAUGCAUGAUCCUUCUCGUGGACUUUCUCCUGCUCCAGGUAGUGCUGGAUAUAUUGGAAUGACUAGUUUAAGUAUUGCUGGCUUGAAUGAUUCAAGUAGACCUCCAGAACCAUUGCCUAUGUUUGAACCUCCUGAUCAUCGACCUGAAUCAAUUAAACAUGAGAUACCUUGGGAUGCUCAUAUGGAUAUGGAUGAUGCACGUAUUGAUGCUGAUUUAGAUAAAUUGUUACAAAAUAUUAAAGAAGGUCAGCAAAAUAUGACAGAUCAACCCGACAUUCUUCUUCCAGAUUCCGUGGGAUCAGACAAAGAUGACAUGAAUCCCUUAAAUGCCUCCACCCCCUUGGCCCAUCCUCCUCUUGUUCCUAGUUGUCCAAGUGUUGGAGAUGGCGUCCUUGGUGGUAUUGGAAGCAGUAGCAGCAGUAGCAAUGGUGGUGGGUCGACCACAGUGAAUAGUACAUUUCGUCAUCUUCUCUACACUACCCAUUUCCCAUUGCCUCAAGACGAAUCUUCGUAUCACGAUUGCAAUCAACGGCAUAUUUUACUAUUUGGAGUUGGAAAAGCAAGAGACGAAGCUCGUCACGUCGUAAAAAAGGUGACUAAAGAAAUCAUGAAACUCUUUAGCAAGAAAACGUGCAUGGAUAUUGCAGAUGGUGCUAAAAUUAAAAAACAUGCUAAAGAAGGUUUCAGUUUCGAUUCUGUAGUAGCACGAUUUCAAAGUCUUUCAUAUUUUGAUCAACAUGUAGUCACAUUAUCUUGUGCUUCUUCAGUUGUUGAAAUGUUGAAUUCUUUUGCACUUGGAAAUUCCAGUUAUUUGCCACUUGUGGAAUACAUUUCUUUUCUAUUUGAAUUGAUGGAAACUGCCCUAAACAUUCAUGGAUUAAUUGAAUUUACAAUUCAGCUUCUCAGAGAAUUAGUUGAAGUAGAGAAUCAGUUAUCUCAAAAAGGUUCAAUAGUAGCUGGAUCUUAUGCUACUUCACUUGGUCUUUUUAUUGUUGGUGUACUAUACAAAUAUCACUGUUGUUUAUUAGUUUCUCAAGAACAAACAUGUGCUUUGUUUGAAGGUUUAUGCAAAAUCACAAAGCAUGUUUCUGAUCCUGCUGAUUGCAGUUCUGCGGAAAGAUGUAUUCUUUGCUACCUUUAUGAUUUAUAUGCAUGUUGCUCUUUCCUAAGGACAAAAUAUUCUGAAUUAUUUGGUUUGGUGAAUCCAAAAAUUGAAGAAGCUUUAUAUGUGUCACAUGAACCUUCGGCUCUUAAUCUUUUGUGGAAUACAACAUACAUGAUUGAUUAUAUAAAUAAUCCAAGAAUGAAAGUUGAUCCGCAACAGAUUAAACAGCUGAAUGAAAAUGCUUCUUCACGCUACAGUUUUGUAUGUAAUGCAGUACAUAGUAUAUCUGAUGCAAGAGAUGCAGAUAGGCUGAAUGAAAUAUCUGUGUUAUGUGCAGAACUGACAGCAAAUUGUAAUGCUUUAAGUGCGGAAUGGUUAGGAGUUUUACGAGCUUUAUGUUGUUCAUCAAAUCAUGGAUGUGGAUUUAUUGAUGUGUUGACACAAGUAGAUGUAGGUGAUUUAUCCAUCCAUGACAAUUUAGCUGUUUUUACAUCUAUAUUAGUAGCACGACGAUGUUUUUCUCUCCAAGAUUUUGUUGUACAUGUUGCUUUACCUUCUUUACGCUCUGCAUGCCCAGCAGGAGGAGUAGAUCAAGAUGCCGAAUCUGGUGCUCGUCUUACCUGCCAUCUGUUAUUGCGACUUUUAAAGACAGUAGAAAUAAAUUGUGUAUCUUACUUGCUACCUUCUGGGCCUGUUUAUCAUUUAGGAACAUCCCCAGGACCUCUACUAGCAUCUAAUACUGCCCGUCCCAUGUAUCUAAUCAAAUCACCUUGUGAUCGCCAACUUUUGUCAGCUGCUCAUAAUAGAAUGCUUGUGGAAGUUGUGUUAGCAGUUUUAAAAGGCAUUUUAGAAUUGAUUAGUGAUUCAAAUUCAGAAGGCAGUGAGACAAAAGCAAGGACAGAUAUUACUCAAAACAAAGGUGAACUUAGCAUUAAAGAUAUUCUAGGACCAAUAGAUGAUGCAGAUUUUGAUUUAUCGAUGCCCACUUCAUUAGGAAGACCAGCUGGUUCUGGCAUAAGUGGUGGAUCAUGUGGCAUGGAAACAGCAGGGCUUAGCGAAUUUGCUAAACACGUUUUACGUCAAAUAUGUAGUCAGGAGUGGAUUCGAGAACUUUGUCUUCGAGAUCCUGAUCUUCUAUGUAGUCAAGAUCUUUCAGUAAAUUCUGUACUUUCUCCGCAGCAGGCUAGACAACUACUUCAAAUGAUUUGCCAUCCAAAAGUAGAAAUUAAUAUUGGAAAUGAAGAUUCAGUUGAUCAGCGCCAAAUGAUCACAAAUAUCCUCCAGAAUUUAGAUCUUUGGACGCUGCAAGUGUCAUGGCUUGAACUUCAGCUUAUGUAUCAACACGUUUUACGAAAUGAAAAUGCACAAAGCCCUAAUGAUGUAAAUGGAUGGUUGGAAACUGUUGCUCGUGCAACAAUUGAUGUAUUUCAGUUAAUAAGUGAAGAAAAUGCGGGUAAAAUUUGUAAUAAUGGUGUUGGCGAUCCUGUUAUAAGUACAUCAAAAUCUAAUCAUAGAGAUUCUGAUAAACCUGAAAGAAUAUGGUUGAUUGCACCUUUAAUAGCAAAGCUUCCUGCAGCAGUACAAGGCAAAGUAUUGAGAGCUGCAGGACAAGUAUUAGAAAGUGGAAGUUGGUCAUCUGCAUCAUCUUCAUGGUCUUCUUCUUCUUCAAAAAAUAAAGAUAAAGAUAAACAAGUUCAGAAAAGCUCAUCUCUCUUAAGUCAUCAACCAUUUCUUUCGUUAGUUUUAAUGUGUCUUAAAGGUCAAGAUGAACAAAGAGAAGGAUUGCUUAAUUCUUUAUAUUCUCAGCUGUCUCAAUGUCUUCAUAUUGCUAAAGAUGAUAAACAUGGAGCAGAAGACAUAAAAAUGAAACAGUCAAUGCAAGAAGCACUUCAGUUACGCUUGAGUCUAGUUGGUGGUAUGUUUGAUAUGAUUCAAAAAAAUAGUUCUCAAACAACUGAAUGGGCAGUAUUAUUAGUUCAAUUAAUCAGCUAUGGAGUUGUUGAUCCACAAACAAAUUAUUUAGGUUUACAAGUUGCUGAAACUCAAAAAGUAAGUCCAUGGGAUUUAUUAGAAGGCCACAAAAAUCCAGCACCAUUGUCGUGGGCUUGGUUUGGUGCAGUUCGCUUAGAAAGAAAGCCUUUAAGGCAAGAAGAAGGUCAUAGAUUAUUGCUAUGGCAUACUCAUUCUCUUAAAAAAUCCAGCAGUUAUUAUCUUGAUCCACCUCCAUUACCUCCUGAGGAUCUUGAUCCAUGCCCUGAAAAACAGCUUCCACCAGUUUGUUUGGUAGAAGAAAUUAAAAGAGGACGUGAGACUCCAAGUGAACAAUCUCCUCGUGGUGGUGCAAAGAAACCAAAAACUCAAAGAAGAAGAAGACAGGCAAAAAUGCCAAAUGGACAGCCAACCCAUGCCAUUCGACCUGGUAUUGGUUUUCCUGAUCAGUUAAUGGCAUAUCCUCAACCCACUCAUCAACCCUGGUAUGGCCAACAACCUCCAAUGCAACAACCAGCAUAUUACUCACCUCAGCAACCACUACCUCCAGCAGGUCGUUUUGAAAGACCAAUGUCACAAUCAAAAGCUGCUCUUAGUUCUAUGCUUCGAUCAAGAAAUCCUUCAGCUCAAUUUCUUCCUGGUCAUACUGGUAACCAUCAGCAUCAGUCAGGGGGAACACCUGCUGUUUCCAUGCAAGGUGGAUUGCCUCCAGGUCAUCCUGGAGCUCCUAGACAUCCUGGAGGGCAUCCUGGUUCAACUGGUCCUAAUCCAUAUCAAAGUAUGGAAAUGUUGCAAAAGCAGCAAAUGAUGUUGAGGCAGCAACUUCGUCCACAAGGAAUGGCAGGUGGAACAAAUUUCUCCCAUACUAUGCCAGGUCAGACUGCACCAUUACAUCAUUUACCGCCUCAAGCAAAUGUAUCUCAAACAUAUGGAAAUUAUAAUGGAACUCCAAUGCAGCAAAAUACCAGCAUGAUUGAAACAAGAAAUCAAGGAAUGAUGCAGCAGGGUUUUAAUCAAACAUAUGUAAAUCCUCAAACAAGAGCUGGAAUGAUAGCACCAACAGGACAGCAGGGACAAUAUAUACCUCAGACUACAAGAUUGGAUAGACCCCAAUAUACAAUGAAUCAGGGAGGCAUGCAAGCACCAAAUGUAACUGUCGGACAAAUGGCAGGUGGUAUGGGUGGAGUAACCGGUGCCAAUUCACACAUAUCUGUUUCUGGAUCACCCAUGGUACAAGGUGGUGCCAAUACUUAUGGAGGAGCUGCAGGAAAUCCCACUUUGACUACUGGGCAGGCUCAGAUGCAACAUAUGCAGCAAAUUAGACAUCAACAUCAGCAACAGCUAUUAGCCAUGCAGAAACAGCAACAGCAGCAGCAACAACAGCAACAAACUGUGACAUUGGUACCGCAUUUGCAGCGUCAUAUGGCUAAUCCAAAUCAAGGGCCCCAUGCUCCACCGCAACAGCACCACCAGUUUCACCAACCGUACUAAGUUCAUAGUGACCAAUUUUCAUAAAUAAUGACCAUUGAUUUAUUUUAAGUAUGAAAUAACAAUCUGUAAUUUUACUAAGAUUUAAAACAUGCAAGGAAAUACAUAUACAAUAUAUAAAUAUAUAUAUAAUGAUGAUUGUUAUUUUAUGAAAAUUUAACAAAUUAUUAAAAAAACAAAAAUAAGAGUAUAAAAUUUAUUUAUUUAUUACUGUUUAUUUAUGUAAUUACAAUAUAAUGAAAUCUCUAUUAAUUAAAUAUAAUUUUUAUUAUUAUUUUUUAAGAUUUACAUAUUGUGUAUAUGCAAACAUGUACAUAUCUGUAUAAAUAUUUCACUGAUUUUUAUCAUUAUGACUAGCUUCUGAAUAAGUAUAAUAAUGUAUAAUAAAAAUAGGAAUUCAUUUUUAUAAUAAUUGUGAUUCAAAGAGUGUAAUACAUUUUAGAAAAUUAUAUGAUUAAUUGUAUAUAGAGGCAAUUCUCGAUAUUUUGAAUAUCUGUACAAAAGUUACCCGGAUAAUUUUUCUGAAUGAUGUCAGGCAGUAAUGCAUGAUUUUUUCAGCCGACAGAAUUUUUAUCUGUGAUUCUCUCAAGUUUUAUUAUGUCUACACAUCUUCAAAGAAUAAAUUUUCAUUCAAAACUUUGUUGUACAACAAAAUAUAUCUAACUGGAAACUUGUGAUAUUAGGAAAAACUUAUAUUUAAAAAUAAUUAUACUAAUAAUUUUUUUAUCUGUAACCUAUAUUUUCAAUGAAUGUGUGUUGUAAAUACAAUGUACUCAUAUACAUAAAUGUUAAGAUUAAAAUUUUUCUUAUAAAAAAUAUAUAUAUUUGUGUAUAUAUACACAUACAUGCAUAUUUUUUCUUCUGUUGGUAACAAAAUCUAUAAUGAUGUAUUGCAAAAUUUCCAAAUGAUAUUUAAAAAUUUAAAUAAAUAUAAUUAGUCUGAAAUCAUUAGAUCUAACAAUGGGGAAUUUACACAAUUUUUUUUUUGUUGUGUUAAAUAAAAAAUCAAUGUAUCUGCUGAAUUCGUAUGCAUAUUUUGUUUUGUAAAAUUAAUGACGAUUAAAAAAACUUUCAAACUUUA